AUGGAUGCAAUUAGUAUUGUGAUUAAAGACCCAGAAAACAAUAAUUUGGGUAGACACUCAGUGUUCGAUAUAAAACCAAAUAAAUAGCAAACGAGAAGAAUAUUACAAGAAUUAAACGAACCAUCAAUAUAAAUAGAAAAGCUUCUUAAGUAUUUAUACCUAUUCUAUGAAUAUAUUGGAGUGCAUGAUUUUAUAAUAAAUAAACUAUACAAUUACUCAGAAGCAGAGUUGAACUUUUUCAUGACACAAUUAUGUUAUUUAUGCAUUUAAAGAGGAUCUCAAUCUUUAGAAAAGUUCUUAGUAGAUAAGUGUGCUACAUCAGCAAGCUUUUACUUUUUAGUGAGAUCUAUUGUUGAUGCAUACAGUGUUAAUAUAAAAUUAGAUGUUGAUGAAUAAAGGAAUUUACAAAAAUUUAAAGAAGAUGUUGAAAAAUCAUAUGUAAAUGGGAUUAGUUGCAGAUCUUGCUUUUAUCUUAAAGAGAAUCGACCAACUUAAGAAAUAAUUAAUCAAGCUAAUGAAAAAGGAGCUAGAAUAGAUUAUAUUAAGCUAAAUGAUUCUUUCUUAGGUAAUAUGGUAAACUACUCUCUCUUAUUAAAAGGAAUUGAAAAACCAGAUUAAAAAGCUAAAUUAAAAGAAUUUAUGGAUAAUGAAAAUUUUUGGAUAAUUAAUACUUUAAGGAAAGUUAACACUGAUACUUAAUAUGAAGGUAUCACCAUUCCAUUUAGAAGACCAUUGAAAUCAAAAUAUAGUUCAAAUCUAGUUGUUAAAAUUAUUUCCGAUGAAGUUACUUGCUUUAAUACAAGAACAAGAGUUCCUUAUAGAGUUGCAAUUGAAACAAUAGACAUAGAAGAACUGAAGAUUAACGGAAGAACAAAUAGAGAGUCAAAUUCAGAUUUGUAAGCAACUUAGUUGUUAAAUUAACAGAAUUCAAAGAUCAAGCAAUUAGUAGCAAGAUUGGCUUAAGCAGUAAAAGCUCAAACUCCUUCAUAAAAUAAUAAAUAAAAUAAGUACAAUGAUAAUUUAGUAGUAUUGUUAGAAUAAGAAAAGAAAAAGGAAGAAGAAGAGUAAAAAAAAGAAGAAAUGUUAAAAACUUAAGGAAUUAAAUAUUUUAAAAAAACAUCAAUGAAUUACUAAGAGCCAGAAACAAGGUCAAGAAAGGAAAUUUUAAAAGAAAGCAAAUAAAAAUUCAAUGAAAAAUUUCCUCCAAAAAAAUUAUUAAGAAGUACAUCUUAAGGAAUAUUAGAAGCUCAGAAAAUAUAAAAGUUUAAGAAUGCAAUAAAGGCAGCAUUUUUUAAAGCAAAAAAUAAAAAAAGAUCAAAAUCAGUUAGAGGAAUUAAGCAUGAAGAAUUAAUCUCAAAUCUAAAAACAAUGACAAAUUCUAAAAAAUUGAACUUUAAAUAAGUCUAAAAAAUUUAAGAUAUUAUUGCACACAUUGAUAAUAAAGAUGAUAUAAAAAGUAUGUAAGAUAUAGAUUCAGAACCUGUACGUAAAUUAGAACCUUGGGGUGAAUUCUGGGAAGAUAAAAAGAAAUUAAUUAGGGCAUAAUCAGAAUAUGGGAAAUAUAAAAGCUAUUAAUGUAGGGCAGUUAUAUUCAAGGGAGGAGAUGAUCUUAGAUAAGAAAUCCUUGCUAUGCAGUUAAUAUAUAAGUUUUAAAAAAUAUUUAUGGAUGCAGGAUUAAAACUUUGGCUUAGACCUUAUGAAAUUUUGGUCCUGUCUGCUUCUUCUGGUAUUUUAGAGUUUUUGCCAGAUACUCUAUCAAUCGAUGCCCUUAAAAAGAAAGUAGAUGGAUUCACAAAUUUAUAUGAUUUUUAUUAGGAUACUUUUGGAGAUUAUUUUGAUGAAGCUUAAAAGAAUUUCAUUGAAAGUUUAGCAGGAUAUUCAAUAGUUUCAUACUUGCUCUAAUUCAAAGAUAGGCAUAAUGGAAAUAUCUUAAUUAACAAUGAAGGUCGCUUAAUUCAUAUUGAUUUUGGUUUUAUGUUUAGCAUUUCUCCAGGAAAUAUGAAUUGGGAAAAUGCUCCUUUUAAGCUGACUAAAGAAUAUGUUCAGCUUAUGGGAGGAUAACAAUCAGAUUAAUAUUCAUACUAUAAAGAUCUCUUAUUUAUGGGAUUCUAGGCUAUUUUAGAAAAAGUAGAAGAUAUUAUAUUUAUGGUAUAAAUUAUGUAAGAAGACUCAGAUCUACCAUGCUUUAAAUACUUUGAUUAGUAAGUUUUUAGAUAAAGGUUCAGAGAAGACUUAAAAAAUAACGAUGUUGGACUUAGACAAUAUGUGGAGAAAUUAGUAAGUGAUAGUUAUGACAACACAAGAACAAAUCUUUAUGACUAUUUCCAAUUAAAAUCAAAUGGAAUAAAACCUUGA